CAAUGUUACAUUUGUCCUUCCGAAUCACCAACAUAAUGAUACAUCUAACAUACGCGCAACUUUAAUUUAUUUGUUUAUCUAUCGAGGAAAAACCCAAGAUUCAUACAAGUCAACAUAUAUUAACAUUUUACUGCAUACAUCAUACCUUAAUUUAUCACUAUUAUCAUCAUUGAUAUCAUAGUAUGGAACAUUUACAAACUUACAGUUGAAAUCAAUUACAAACCGAUUUUUAUUUCUUGGAAAGGUGCGUCAUGGUGUAGACUGCCCUGGUGGAAAGAACUUCGGAAAAACAAGGAAAAAUAUAAAUCAGCUCUUAAUCUUGCCCAAUUGUUAGCACAAGCAGAACGACAACGGGAGUAUACUAACCGUGAGUUUGGAGAGGAGCCACACACACAGAGUACUCCUUCCUUGCAAAAAGAGGCAAACAAUGUACAGCAAGAAAAGGCGAAGGAACCACAAACACCAUUAUUUUUGGCCACUAGUUACGGCUGUGUGGAGAUUGUAAAUGAGAUACUGAGAGCAAAUCACGAAGCAUUCAAGCAUAUCGAUGAUGAAGGCAAUACUAUUUUACACAUAGCCAUCAAGUACCGCCAAAUAGAAAUAUUUGAUAUAGUUGAGAAAAUGGAAAUUCAAAUGAAGUGGCUGGCACGGAAGGUUGGCAGGAAUUCAAACUCCAUUCUACACAUGGUUGGAGAGCGGGGAGAAGGUCGUACAGCUGAGGAUGCAACCCAAAGCCCUGCUCUCCAAUUGCGAGAUGAUUUGCUUUUGUUUGAGCGCAUAAAGGAAAUCUGCUCAGCUUAUUCCUUUAAGCACAUCAACUCCGAAGGGAAAACUGCUGAGGGCUUAUUUGCUGAUAACAAUGAAGAACUUCGACAUAAAGCAGAAGAAUGGCUAAGGGAAACAGCUAAAAAUUGCACCAUUGUUGCUGUGCUCAUUGUCACAGUUGCCUUUGCUGCAGCCUACACAGUACCGGGAGGUUCAAACCCGAAUAGCGGUGUUCCACUUCUUAUCAACCAACCCUUCUUUGUCAUAUUUACCAUUGCUGAUGUCCUUUCGCUUACAUUCACUCUGACUUCAGUCAUUGUAUUUCUUUCCAUCCUCACUUCACCAUUCCGAUUAAAUGACUUCAAGCAAUCUCUUCCUCAACAACUACUGCUAGGAUUUACACUUCUAAUUUUCUCUGUGUCGAUGAUGAUGCUGGCAUUCGCGGCAACUAUCAUCCUUAUGAUACGGAAUAAGGAACAGUGGACAAAAAUUGCGUUGUACACCGUUGCCUUUUUCCCAGUCACUGUCUUUGCAAUCUCAUACUUGCCUCUCUAUAUAUCCCUCUUGCCAACAGUCAAGUACUCACUUAAACAAAUUAGGUCUUUUUUACCUGAGUUUGAUUGGGUUCUUAUUCGAUCUUCAAUCACCAAUAAAUUCAAGUGCUCUCGGAAUUUCCCACGAAAAAUUCCCUCCAAUUACACCGAAAUUCCAGUCACCAGUGCUUCAUGUCCUACUAUACCUCAUACAAGCCCUUCUGUGGUUUGAAAAGUUGACUGAAAUUUCAUCUUUUCACUCUCUUCAAACCACCUUGCUGAUGAUCUUAUCAAAAGUUGUGCUGACCUGAAGGUAAGAUCCACUGAAUGGUCACUUUAUUUGCUCUUUCUAGAUUAAUUUCUAUCUCACAAAUAAAUGUCUAGCUUAUCGUGUGGAUUGAUGCCUUGCAUUGCUAUAUUUUGUUGUCUGUUUUGUAAAACCGAAUGUGUUGGAUCAAUCAAAGUCUCCAGUGGAUGAAGAACUAUGUGCAAUUUAAUUUUCUAAACCAGAAAAAACUGGAUUGAUUCAAAAUCGAUUUGACCAUUUGAUUGCCCACUUGUUAUACUAUAUCAUUAGACGGUUACACACAUAUGCACUUGUGCG